AUGCCAAACAAUCCUCCAAUCAAUAUAUCCCGACCUGAACCCACUCGUCCAAAUACCUUUCCACCACCCCACACCCAAAAUACCCAAGUUCCAUUCCACCACUAUUACCAACAAACCAAACCAACCUUCCCAGAAACAACCCCAAACGCAAAUCUCCCAUAUACUCUUGGAAACAACAACCUCAAUCCAAUAUACGUGGAAACUGCCCCUCUGACCCAUGACCUCCAUGAAUCAGAGUCCCACCAAAAAGACAUUCUAAUAAAAAACCUGACUGAGAGAUUAGACAGCUUGACCAAUAGGGUACAACAUGUUGAAGAAAACAAGAGGUUAGGAGGAUUGAGAUAUGAGGAUCUAUGCAUGCACCUUGAUGUAGAAUGGCCCAAAGGAUACAAGCUUCCAAAAUUUAAGAUGUUCAAUGACAUUGGGGAUCCCAAAGCCCACCUACGAAUGUACUGUGACAAACUUGUAGGGGUGGGAAGAGACGAGAGGAUACUCAUGAAGUUGUUUAUGAGGAGUCUUACUGGGGAAGCCCUAGCAUGGUAUAUUGAGCAAGACUCGUGGAAAUGGGUAGAGUGGGUUGAUAUGGCAACUGAUUUCAUGAAUAGGUUUGGUUUUAAUAUAGAAAAUGCACCCUAUUGGUUUUACAUUCAAAAUUUGAAGAAUAAACCGAGUGAAUCCUUCAGAGAAUAUGCCAUAAGAUGGAGGUUUGAAGUGGCUAGGGCCAGACCCCCUAUGGAGGAAUCUCAGAUGAAAGACUACUUCAUCUGUGCCCAAGAACCACAAUACUAUGACCGAAUGAUGCUGGUGGCUGAAAAGAGUUUCGCUGAAAUCAUCAAACUGGGCGAAAGAAUUGAAGAAGGCAUAAAGAAUGGGACUAUCAUCAACUUGGAGGCUUUACAAGCAACCAACAAGGCUCUGCAAUUUAGUGGAAUGACAGAAAAUUGA